CAACUUCAAGAACUGAUCUGAAGAAAGAAGCAAUGAACGUUUCUGCGGAGAUGGAAGCCUGAUACCGAUCAAUUGGGAUGGGGCAGUGGAACGGAUGCAUUGAAGAUCUUCAAAAAGCCUAACAAUGCCUCGUGUUUGAGAUCCGGAAUGGCCGCAUCUGCACGUUCAAGCUUUCUUGAUUCUGGAGUUGAAAGGGAGCCCUUUCAGCCACUCUGCACCAGGAGGUGGAAUGCGUCUUCCCACGCGCUGCAUCCUCGUGCAUUUGUACAAUUUUACGUAAAUUGAUGCCGGUAGCAGGGCUAGCUUCGACAACUCCUUGAACUAGCCGGUGACAACGCACCCAACAAAUGUAAGGAAGAGCGAGCUUUCACGUGGGUGAUCAAACGCUCAAAGAACAGCCGCACUCGUACCACCAGCAAACCAGCCCCGUUCCUGAGCUACGCGCUCGCAUACUUUUCAAAAGGGGUGGUGGCACUCAGUAAGUAUGUUCAAGUCUUGCGCCCUGAUGCUUCUCUCCUGCGCCGUCCUUUUGGUAGGCUUGAGCUCCAUGGCCCUGUCCCAUUUCCACAGGAGUGGUGACAUACAUAGUCUAGUUUCUGAAGAGUUGGAAACAUGUUCGGCUAGCAAGGCCUUACGAAGGGAGACAAUAAGAGCCUUGCCGGGGGAUAGGAGAUGGACCAGGGAGGCGUGUGCAGAGCACUGGGCGGAGGGCAUCGACAGAGUGGCCCACGUGAAGCUGGCGAAAAAGCGAAUCUUUCUUGCGAUGAACCUGAAAAACAACGAGCAAGUGUUCGACCACCUCCGUGGCGAGCUCCUUCUUCUCGCCGACUACCUAGGCCCCUCCCGGUUGUACAUCUCCAUCUACGAGUCGGGGUCCUCCGACAGCACCCCCCAAAAACUGCAGACGUUCAAAGAGGAGCUACGCCUCCUGCAGAUCCCGAACAUGAUCCUGACCAACGGCGUCGGGAAGCGAGCGGACCAGACGCGGAUUGACUUCCUGGCAAACGCGCGGAACACUGCGCUGGCGCCCCUUCUGCACGAGAUCUGGCACGGUCCGUUCGGCAACCAUAACGCCGGCAAGUACUACCACGGGCAUGGUUGCUGCGAACCGCUCUCAGCGAUCGAGGUCUACGCGUCCGAGUCCAAAAUCUACGGCAUCCAAUUCAGCUUUGGGGGGGUCCGCAAGGGUCGGGUUGGAUCCCCCCUUGGGGAGCUAUUUGCGCUCAUCUUGAAACCGAAGGAGGUCGUCGUGUCGGUGGCGGGGGCUGGGGGUAAUGAGGUGACGAAGCUUGUCGUCACCACGAGUCUGGGGCGCAUGUUGGCUGCGGGCAAUGUGCAGCAGAAGGGGUGGGAGAGCAAGGGCGCGAGGCUGGAGGACGUGCGAGGGUACGCGUCCGAGAAGGCGGUGCACGCGCUUUCGUUCGCGUGGGCGAAGGACGACGGGGCACCGCGACCGCAUCCCCGCUUCGACCGGGUCCUGAUCCUCAACGACGGGUACCUGUGCCUGGAGGACAUUCUGCUUCUUCUGAUGCACGACGCCCACAUGGUGACCGCGGUCGACACGAUCGGACUGCGCGAGGAAGAGAAGACGCGCCGGCUGCAGGUGUAUGACACGUGGGUGGGGCGGGACGUCAACGGCAAGGAGCAGGGGCGCGAGUUCCCGCUGAGCAACAUUCCGCAGUUCCGCCAGUGGUUUGCGGAGGGCAAGCCGUUCCCCGUCUUCUGCGCGUGCCACGGGGCCGUCAACAUUGAUGCGGACGUGUUUUACAAGAAGCGCAUCACGUUCCGCAACCGCGGCUGGGAGGGCGAGUGUGCGGCCUCCGAGUACAGUUUCUUGUGCAAAGACAUUUGGCGCGCGUACGGGAACGACACGCGCAUCGUCAUGGACCCGCGGGUCGUCAUCGGCGUCGACGAGCCCGCAUGGGAAGACGUCGUUCUCGCGCGGUCGAAAAAGCUGCCCUCGCAUUUCAAGGAGGCUCCGUUCGACGUCGGAAUCCAACCCAGCCCCUGGCGCAAGCUCCCGGAUAUGGACAUGUCGUUCGUGCGGGACACGUUGCGACACCUGCGGGGGCUUAAGUUGACGGUGCCCCGCCAGGUCACGUGCGCGCCGAUCCACCACGAGAGCAUCCGCGAGGCGGCGCUCAUCGGGAAAUACGAGGAGAAUAGUCAGGGCGUGACGGUGUAUCCCCGGGGUCCGUGGGCCAGGGCACCGGAGUGCCUAACCGAAGCAGAUGCGUACCCGUCUCGAAAUACGGAUCCUGGGCAGAGCAUGUAUUACUUCAACAGCGCAGGCCGCCAGGUGUUCGACCAGAAGCGGCUGACGAUCGGCGGGGGCGACCGGCUGGUGUCGCCCAACUUCCAGUACAUGUUCAUCAUGCAGAAGAACCGGGAGUGCGUGAUGCACACCAUGACGACACCCUUCAAGCCCAUCUGGAGGUGGCCCAUGUGCGACGAUCCCUCCAUCAACUACAUCGAGUUCCAGGGCGACGGCAAUCUGGUCGCGUACGCGUUCGACGGGUCGGUGAAGCACGCGACGGGCACGGUGCAAGAGCCGAAAAAGGCGGCGCACAUGGCGCUGGGGAACGACGGGCAUCUGGUGCUGAGGACCAAGACGGGGAAGGUGUUGUGGGAGGCGGAACGGGAGUUUCUGGUGGAGGAUACGGAAUGGGAAAGACGACGACCCGGCAAGCAAAUCUUCAUUCCCGUCACUUUGCGAGGGGACGAUAUAGAGCUUGAAGCUGCGUCUGCUUUUGGAGACCUCUGCCGAGCCUUGACGGGGCGGGUAUUCUUUUCACUGGUUACGCUAAGUGACGCCCCCCCGGUUGCUUCAGAAUCUGUGAUUACUGCGGUACUGCUAGAGUUCGUUUGCUCGUUCAAAAGCAGUGGGGUUGCGUCGACCCUAGAGGAAGCGAACGCACUCCAUUUCGAAAGCUUCAACGAAUGGAGUACCGGGUAUGCGUAUAGUUGCGCAAAAGCGUUCCCUGCGGUACCGACCUCCUUCUGCCCAAAGAGCUUCGUACAAGAAGUGAGGGAUAGUAUUCGAAAUCCGAACGGGUUGGAGCCUUGCACCAAAGCGCUAAUGGAUGGCACUUCCAUUUCAGAAAUCUGCUGCGAUAGACCUUCGCUCGAAUAGGUGCUGCAAAAAAAUUCUGCUCAAGUAAUACCAUGGUGUUUGCUCGGAAAUAGGAGGAGUUGCCUCUCUACGAACCGAGUGAACCCCUAAUGUCGUCAACCGUUCUGGUUCCUGUGGAUUAGCUAGCCUCCGAGAGAGUCGACGCCUGUCAAGUAAGUAUAUUCUUAGCGCGCCCAUUUGUCUAAGCUAGGACGGACUGCUAAUGCGUAGACUAGACAUUGAAAUUGCCAAAACUGAUUUAUGGCGUACAUGUAGGAUAUAGGUCCUGGCGAGGCCAGGCGUAGGACGGUGUAUCUUAAAAAAGAGGUCCAAUAUUGAUGAUUGACCUAUAGACAGCUUUUAUAUGAUUGGUGCGUGUGGAGUCUAAUGGUGCAGCUUACAGCGGUCCAUUCCCG